AUGUCUCAAGAAUCAGCAUGUAUCAGCAGAUUCUUUAACGGCGAACAAGAAGAUAAACUUAGUUCAGAUAAAUCAGUAUCAUCGAACACAUCGCUACCAACUUCCCAAGACCUUAGUGAAACUUCCAUCGAUUCAAUAUCAGAUUUAAGUCUAUCACAACUAACGAUAGAAGAAGCAGAACCCUUACUAAUUCCAUCAUUUUACAACCUCACACCACGUUUGUUACCUCAGUCCCCUCACUAUGUCAUUGAAGAAGAAUUUUCAUCCAACCCAUGGGCAUUAUUGAUAGCAACGAUUUUUUUAACCAAAACAUCGGGCAAAAUGGCCAGACCUUACAUGAAAAGCUUUUUCGAAGAGUAUCCCACUCCUUAUCACGUGUUAAAUCAUCCGCCGGCAACAUUUGAGAGAUUUUUCGAGACACUCGGGCUGAAGAAGAGAGGUCACAUGAUUUGGAAACUGAGUUAUCAGUUUGUUUCAGCUAAAUGGCGUCGUGCAAGCGAUCUCUGUGGGAUCGGAAAGUACGGCGAAGACGCUUAUAGGAUAUUUUGCUUGGGUCACACGGAUUUAGACCCUGAAGAUAGAUAUUUAAAGUUGUAUUUAGAUUGGCUGAGAAGACACACAGAGUUUAUGGAAGACAAUAGCGUGACGGAUAGCGAAUACGUAAUCGAAGAUCCGGUUUUGAACUAUUAUAGAAUUACUUUGCGAAAUUGUGUUUAGUGCAGUGUGCAAGGCAUCAGAGAACUAUUUUUAAUGUUAUUAUCAUUUUAAAAUAACAAAUCAACAUAAAAAUUAUGAUAAUUAUACAAAACGUUGCGUCAUCACGUACAAAUUGUUUGAAAUAGUGUUCAUAUUUAUUUAUUUCACAUAUAUAUUGGAGUUUUAUUCUUGAGAAUGAUAAUGAUUACGUCUUCUACUAACGGUUAAUUUCACCGCUUGCUGAUAAAGUAUCGGAUAGCCGACCCGACAUAGAACGGCAUCCAUCAGAUAAAAAACAAUGAUGAAAUUUUUUUGUUCUACCAUUAAACUCCUUUGUUUGUGGAACCAAAAGUUGUAAUUUAUUAGUUAACGUGAAUCAGGCCCUAAAGGCUUAACACAGAUAAAGCCUGCCAGUAACCUUUGUGCGAGAUAAGCUUUACCAACAGCGGUCGAAUUGGUCGUUUGACCUAAAUAAAUUAAAAAUUUCUUGUAUAAAGUUAUAAAUAAAGUUUAAUUUUCGAA